GUGGAUUGGGCCCGGAAGGAGAACGUCUGGAGGCUGCCAGAGAUCGGGAGCAGCAGCUCUUACGAGACUCAAGGGGCCCUGGGCAACAUCGCCAUCAUGAAGAACAACCUGGAGAUCAUGAGGAAGCGCAGCAACUGGACCCGCGCCCAGAACGUGGCUCCUUCAGCUACUGUGUACCCCGAAGACCACGUGGAACUGGGGCACCCCAACGUGCUCAUCUGCUUUGUGGACCAGUUCUCCCCCCCAGUGCUGAACAUCACCUGGCUGAAGAACGGGCAGGUGGUCUCCCAAGGAGUGCAGGAGACGGGCUUCUAUUCCAGCGUGGACUACACUUUCCGCAAGUUCUCCUACCUGGCCUUUGUCCCGCAGGAGAGGGACGUCUACGCCUGCCAGGUGGACCACUGGGGCCUCCCAGGGAGCCUGACCCGCCUCUGGUGUAAGCAGGAUUGGGAGAAAUGCAAGAUGAACUGGUCGUUGCCAUAUUUUACCCUAUUUUUCCCCCUUCCCUCAAAUGCAAAAGAGCCGACCCCCGUUGCAGAGACGCCAGAGAACGUGCUCUGUGGCCUGGGCUUGGCCAUUGGCAUUCUAGGCAUCGUGGUUGGCACCGUCUUCUUCUUCAAAGCCCUGAGGAUGAACCACCACCAUCCGAGAAGCAGGGCUGGCUUGUGAUCGGGCAACGGAGAGACACCCCUUUUCUGAAGGCCACUCCAGGGAGAUCCUCGUGGGUCAGAACCCCCCUCUCUGAGUCAGCCGCAAGGACCCAGUGGUGUCACCCCCAUAGCUUUUCCCGGCAGCUUGUUUUGCUUCUUGAGGGGUGAAGGUAGGGCCUGGUGGGGCUCCCCUGAGGUCCCACCCUCACCCACUGGAUGCCCCCUCUCUCCACUGUCACCUGGUGCUUCUUCUGCCUCUUUUCCAACCCACAACAUUCCCUGUUUUUAACAGCAAAGAGCAGAGGAGCUUUUUUGACCCUGUAAAAGUCCUGUUGUGAGAAUAUUCCCUUUUUGGAGAGCUAGGAGGGGCCCCUGAGGGUCACUGAGUCCAACCCCCUUGCCAUGGCAGGAAUUCAAUGGGGCAGAGCAGACCCACAACCCUUACCUUGUAAGAAUCAUGGCUAGAGAAGGCUUAAUUCCCAUUUUGAAUUAUUUUUUAUUUUUCCAGUUGCAGGUGAUGUAGGAGAGGGACCUUAAUUUUGAAGAAAGUGCAAACAUCUGACAUCCCUAGCCAAAAUAGCUGCUAAAAAGAAAAACCAUCACCCCCCCGGCCCUUUCUUUCCUGCUAAACUUUGACCUCUGCCUCCCGUUUUUUAGUGACAGGAUUGCUCACUUCGUCUCCUUGCCCUGUAAUGGAAGGAAUCCCUUUCCCUUCACUCCCUAGUUCUGUCCCAUCUUGCUGUAAGUUCUCCUAUGUAAAAUCGCUUUUAAUUAUAUUGUUCGUU